AUGGGCAUAAAGAAGCCCACCCAUGCAAGCGUUAACUGCUGGUUCUGUAACCAGAACACAGUGGUGCCCUAUGGGAACAGGAACUGCUGGGAUUGUCCCAACUGUGACCAAUACAAUGGCUUCCAGGAGAAUGGUGACUACAACAAACCCAUUCCUGCUCAGUACAUGGAGCAUCUGAAUCAUGGCAUAUCUGGAAGCCUUCCUUUAUCAGAGACACCCAAGAAUCUGCAGUGGGUCAACUGUCAGAUGCUGCUGUGCCGGAAGUGUAAUAACAACCAGUCUGCAAAGAUCAAACAGCUGGCCUCAUAUAUCCCGAGGGAUGAUGAGAACUACGAUGAGGAAAUCGAAGCCUACAAGCAUCAUCUGGAGCAGACUUAUAAGUUAUGCAGACCAUGCCAGACAGCAGUGGAGUACUACAUCAAAUAUCAGAACCGCCAGCUUCGUACAGUGCUUCUCAAUCAUCAGCUGCGACGCACCCGGGAAUCAGACAUGGGGUUUGUAAAGAGCACCCAGUCAUUGACUUCUCCCAUGGGGGUCAUACUGUUACGGGCCCUUGCCUUCCUGAUAUGUGGUUUCCUAGCUGCCACAAUUUUCUGUGAAUUGUCAGAGCAGUUUUCUUCACCUGAUGGCUCACAGACAUUAAGUGGUGGCGUUGUUCCUCCAAAGCCAAUAGUCCACAAUGAGUCUACCCCCAACAAUAACAGCAGUGGAGCCACACCUGUGUGGCAGGGUCUGCUGGAGCUGCUCCCAGACGAGGCCAUGGAAAAUGCCAAGCUGGUGUGGCAGCAUGGAAGGGACAACCAGCUGGCUGUAGUCUCUGUUGGCCUGCUGACUUGGCUUACUGCUGUCUUCUUAGCGGGACCUGCAAGGUUGAGGAGAAUUGAUGCUGUAGCCUCCGUCCUGUGGUUCUUCAUCCUGUGCCUCUACCUGGCUGAGAGCUACAUGACUGGUGCCUUGAGCUGGAUGGACACAGCGAAGCUUAUUAGCGUCUCCCUCUGUUGCCUUGUAAGCUUUGCUGCUGCCGUGGCAACUCGUAAACCGCUGAGCGCACGGAGAGCCAGAUACCGAAGAUACCUUGCAGGCAGCUCUGCAGUCCCUCCUCUGAGCUCCCCUGACCUGGCUGACACCUUCAUCCCCAUUCCGCCGCCCAACCUCUCCCAGCUCAUCAACCGCCAACACAGUCAUCACGAACGCAAGGCUUCCCCCUCCUCGCUGCCUGGGCGUCUCAGCAGAGCCCUGUGCCUUGGCACCAUCCCCUCCCUCACCAGGACAGAUUCUGGUUAUCUGUUUAGCGGAAGCAGACCGGCUUCACAGUACAAAGACUCACAGUCUUCAGACUACUUUUCCCUCAAGUCUGGGAGCCGCCCCUCAUCCCCAGGUCCCUCCCCGACUCCUUCGGUAGCCGGCUCAGUUACAUCCAGUUCAGGUUCGGCCAGACAGCGGCGUCCCCUCAUCAGCCCUGCUCGCCUCAACAUCGGCGGCCAGAAGCUCCGGCUUUUCUCUGGGGAGCCAGAUCCCACACUCUUGUUCCCACCUAUGUCUCCAUCACAUUUCCUAGCUGAGCCAGCCCCUUCGGUUUACAGCGGCUGCUUUUCACCGGACGCAUCACCCUUCCAGAGUCAAAAUGAUUUGAGUUCCUUAUUAAGAGACAGUAGUGUGAUUGAGGAGGAAGAGAAGCGAAGCACCUCCUCUGGAUCUUCUGCAUGCCUGGUUGGUACAACAACUCAGUGUCCAGAGGGCAACCGAUCUCCAAAAGAUUUUGCAAAGCGUGUUAUAUGGCCGGGCCUUUUGUUUGUGAGCCUGACUGCCAACCUGUUCUUCGGCUGCCUCUAUGCGUACAACAAUUGGAGAUGAACGUCGACAGAGCUGCCGCUCUCUCCUGACCUCGCACAGAGCAAGUGCGCCUGUGGCCCUUGACUAACCUGUUGCAUUUGUGCACCUGGAGGAUGUUGAGCAGUGCCAGAAAAUAUCACCUCUCUGGUGCUUCCCUGCUGUUUGCUUGUGCAAAUGCAGAGUUCAGAAAAACUGUGCAGUGAAAUCAAAUUGUAUAUUUAUGAGUCAUUACUGCUCAAACAUAGACUGGGUUUUGGUUUGCCUUUUCAUCACUGCUCCUCUUGCACCGAGACCGGUGCAACUGAUUUAAAAACAAACAACAACAAAAAAUCAGCUCGCACUGAUGGCUUUUUAAAACCCGUGCUGUGAAUUGUGCAAUAAACGUGCUGUUCAGUCGACGCUGCUCGGGCACAAAGUCGCGUCUUUCUUACACUGACUGAGUGCAUUACCUCCCAAAAACUGAACACCGCUGGAUCACUGCAGUACCCAUAAAUUAGGAAAUAUUAAGCAACGUGUUUUCUUGUGGCGUGGAGCUUUGCUUUAUUGGCAUUUGUACAGGUUUUCCCUUUGAAGUGUCGUAAUUGACAGAAGUGGUGACAUUUACAGCUGGGAAAGUGAAUAGUGGUGCUCUUAUUGUUGGCCUUGUUUACGGUCAAAAUUCCUAAUAUUUCCAUUUCAUUAACAUUUCUCAGCAGUUCUCUGCAGAAAUGGGUUCUCACAAACCCCCUCAGUUUCGGGUAUUUCUUACUGUAAAACUAUUUAUAAGCAAGUUUGUAAGGGUGAGAGCUCCAGAGGUCAAGUGCGGUUUAAGAUUUUUUUUCCAGAAGUCGUGUUUGCGUUCUCUCACUGUCUGCAUAAGUCAACCACAGAGAGGGAAGUUUUCCUGCUAACUCAGCUGUGAACUCAUUUAUACGUUACUUUUGUUAUUACUCAUAGUCAAACGAUAAUUUGUACAGAUUGGAAAGAUUGCACUUGUUUUUUCUGAUGUGGUGGCUGUGUCAUACUUUGAAUAUGUGAUUUAAAGAUUGAGAUGAAGAGCACAGACGUUUGCUUAUUUGUGUGCAUGUUAAUCAGCUGAUGUACAGAAAUGUGUAUGUUAAACAGGUUACUGUUUCUUUUGCUUGUUGUGUAAAAAUAAUAUGAACACUGCUGUUUUCAUUUUUUUUUUUUUUAAAUCUGGAAUAAUUUUGUUCUCUUUUGGUAAUUAUUCAAUUAUUUUGAAUAAUUUGAAUUUGUGGCAGUUUUAAGUUUUACUUGUUGGGUUCUGUAAAGUUAUUUUUGAACCAAAGUAAUAAAAUAAUGAAACUAAUCUGAAAGACUUGUCUGGCAAUAGUUGCAUAAAAGUUUCAAUAAACUGCUUACAGUGAGUUUUGUAGGUUAUUUUAAUCCUUCAUAAUAAUAAUAAAUAAUAUAAACAGAUGUUUGUAAGUUUUUUUUUUUUCUCUCUCUCUGAAAAGCAAAGCUAAAGUCUUAAUUUGCUCUUUAAGCCCAGCCAAAUUUUUCUGAAUAGGAGAAAGUAUCUUUUGUUUUUUAUUCACUUGAAAAAUGGUUAGUUGGAACAUGUAUUUCAAGUCAACACCUUUUUCUUUGGUACUGACAAUUUUUUUUUUUUUUUAAUUUUUAAUCAGAGGUUGUCUAGUUCAGAUUCUUUCACAAGAAGUGUGAUGUCUUUUCUCACUGAUUGAUUGAUUGAAGGGUUAUUAUUCCCUGUACUAAGCAAUGCGUUUGAUCUGUAACUGUGGAAUGACAGUGGUUUCAUGUGGACCUGUGCUUUUUUAAAAAAAUAAAUAAAAUACUUCCCUAAUUA